CAUUAUAAAAUUUUAAUGAUUUUGUUGGCGCAACCGCACUCGCGAAAAUGUUACGGUUAAAAAAUCAGCUGUGUUAAGUUAUGCGGAGCAAAUUUCCCGGCCGAACGGAUUGUAAUUUAAAUGGUGGAACGAUGUGAGGUGAACUGUACGCGUACGAUCACGGCACAAUUGAAAUAAGCACGAAAUGGAUCUGGCGGAAACGAUGAAGAACGUGUUAGCGAAAGGCCUACAACAGACGUCGGUGAACGAUCUGCCCUCGACCACCGGCAUGGGCUUUCCCGGUUCCGGGUAUGUGACCGAAAAACUCUACAUGCUGCUCCAGCUCUAUUUGCAAAACAAGGGAUGGAACACCUCGGUGGAACUGUUACAAUGCUUCACGGAACUGAAGGAGUCCUCGAUGUUGCCCAGCGCCGCUUAUUUACAGAUGAUGGCUUCGAGGGUCACCCUGGACUCACAGGGGAGGCUCAUUUUGAGGGAGAAUGGUAAAAUUAUAUUGCCCUUCGAGCAUUUUGCCAAUGCAGUUAUGUUGAAGCAUAUGAAUGGACCCCAUGGCCUACAUCUUGGAGUUGAAGCCACUGUUCGUGCUGUAAUGGACUCUUAUACAAUUGGCCGCGAAAACUUUGGAAUGGAAAAAGACUUCAUCAUCGAAGUCGUACAGAACUGUCCAAACCCAGCUUGCCGUUAUUACAAAAACCAAAUGGAACUCACACAAAAAACCUUACAGCAUUUAGCUACUCCCACUUACAUGGCUGAAACUCAACAAAACAACGCUGACCUAAGAAACAGACAAAACAGUAUGGAUUCAAAAACGAACGCCCAACUUUUGGAUCGGCCCAAGUCCGUGGCACCUACACAACAACAAUUGACCGCCGCAUUAAUCCAACAACAGAACCGAGUGAUAGCGCAGCAGAACAUCGAAAAACUGAACGCAAAUCUUGAGAAGCAGCGGCAACAGAUGCAGCUGCAGCAGCAUAUCGACAUCGCUAACGCGACCGCUAAGGGGCAACAGAAACAGCACUUCGACCUUCCCCUGGUGGAUCACAAGUUGACCGAUUUUUUACGUUCAAAUUUGGAAAACUUGGAAGGUUUGUCGGCAGCUAACAAGGACUUGCUAGCGCUCCACAACGGAGCUUGGGCUUCUUCGGCGGCCAACAUGGUGGCUCCGACGGAGGAAAAACGAAUUUCUGAGGGUGGACAAGAGAAAAUCGUAAGAGCUUUUGGGGAAGUCAUGAAGAAUAUGUCGAGGAUGAAGAGCUACGUUCGGCCCGCAAUGUGCAAACCGUACGGCAAACAGUCGGAGGCUCUGCAAAAAACCCUGAUGGAUACAAUACAACUCAUACAAUCUCUGAGAAGUUUUUUACCUCCCCCUCACAUACAAGUAAGUUCUUGGAAGAACGAAGAUAAGCAUCGCUAUGAGGAAACAUAAUAGGUACAAAAAACAUUUAAUUUUAAAUGUAAUCAAUUAAAAGCUAGUAAUAUAUGAACAUGUUAAUGUUUAUCUAUUUUGCUAGUAAUUAUGUAACAUUUUAACACACAAAUAACAGAAGUCUGAAAUGCGUUUAACGCAACAGAUGUAUAUUUUUUGGAAAGCCCUAAAGGUUUUAUUUAAUUUUAAUUAAACUGACAUAUUAAUCCCGUUUUCUUAGAAACUAUGCAGACAUGUAUAAUAGUAAUGUUCCUUUUUAUUAUUUAUAAUUCUUAAGUAUUUAUUUAGCAAAUAUUGCUUAAAAACUAUGUACAUAUGAAUAAUUAUAGUAGAUUUGCUUUGCAUUGUUUUCACGACAUGAAAACAUGUAUUUGAAGUCUUCCGUCUCUCUUUAAAAAUUAUUUAUUAUAUCAUAUUUAUUUGGCAACUUUUUAGUAUUUCUUUGUGAUAUUUGUACUUAAAAUUUAUUCUUUUUACCGUGAUCUGACACUAAAAAUUGAUAUUAUUUUAUUUAUUAUUUAAAUUUCUGUAUAAUUUAUUAACAAGAUUUUUAGCGUUUUUAUAAAAAAUGCGUGUAGAUAAAUUAAUAUGUAUUACUUAUACAUGAAUUUAUAAGAAUUCUCUGUAUAAAUGCACACCAGUGUAUGACUAUUUUUCAGAAUCUCAGACACCUUAGAAUAUUAUACAACUAUUAUAUUCAUAAAUUAUAUAACAAAACAUAGAUAUAAAUCUGAAAUGUUUAAACAGAUUUUAAGUUUACUUGAGGAUUUGAAUUAUGUAAUUCCGUUCAAAUUCUUAGUGUAUAAUAAUCUUUAUAGCAUGUUUUAUUACACCACUACAAUCCAAGAUGUAUUAAAUGUAUAAAUAAUACAAGGUUGGUUCAUUAUUUGUUUGUGUUAAUUGCCGGAUAUAAAACUGAACCUUCCUGUUUUGAUAUUGUGAACAUAUCUUGAAGUAGUUAUAACCGCGUUUGUAUUAUCUAAAUUAUAAGGUUUAGGGAAUCUCGUUUUGGCGAUUUCGCAUUGUAUUAAUAUCUAGUCAUAUUUAAAAUUCAAAAUCCCAAAUUUGUACUGUGAUAUUUUAUUGGCUACGACUAUGAGGUUCGCAAUUAUAUGCGUCACUUUCCAUGAUAUUAUUUAAGAGAUUAAGAUUGUAGAUCUGGGCCAAUAUAAAACAUGCAGUAAGACUGUUUAAUAUGUAUUGUUAGUUUUAAAAUCAUGUAGUUUAAGUGUAUUUUGUAUGUUGUUGUAUCCUUUUAUUAAAAUAUAAUUGAAAACGGCUAUAAAACUGUAUUCUUGCCAAUUUAACGGAAAUGUAUUUCCAAGCUUAGCUUUAAGUUGUCACGAGUCGAAUUUUGUUUGUGAUGCAUUUUUUUUGUUAUAGUACAUAAUUUUUAAUUAAAGGCUUUUGUGCAAU